CAAUUGGAAAAAGGGAAACCAAGUUUCAGAAUGAUGAAAUGAAACGAGGCCGGCGAAGUGGAACUGUGUGGGAGAAGCAGCGUAUCUUUGGUAGUGAUAGUCACAGCCGGCGAUCACAGGUCUAAAAGGAGCAACCGCAUAUCAAUUUCGCCUCUGAUACGGUCGUAGGAGUACCUGACUGAAUACAGGCUCCUCCUACCUGCUGAUACCUCGCCCACUCACUACUACUCCCCGUCCCCCCACAACCCAAGUUUUAAACUUUUCCCAAGAACAUCCUUGUCUCCACCUGCUGACUCCCGCAACUGCAGCUAUAAGUACCCGCGCAGGUCCUCGCGGUUGUAAAAGAUUAGGAGGAACAGGGUUGCAGUAGAAGCCAGAUUUCGCCUUUUCCAUUCCCCUGUUCUUGCUUGUCCUUCUCCUUGUCCUCUCCUCCUGGACCGCCGCUAGCUUCUUGGGCUUUGGAUUUCGAUUUCGAUUUCGAUUUCGAUUUCUUCCUGCUCAUCAGUGGCAAGCAACUGCCAAGUGAAAAGCUGCGAGGAUUGAAGCGAGCACGACAAGAUCUGUUGGUGGUUGUUGCAGGAAGCUUUGCUAUAGGAUAGGAAGGAACGGAAGUCCUGCUUGUCCUUCUCACAAGUCAAGUCCAAGCCGAGAGAAAUCUUCGCCCAAAUUCUCGCUUCUCCGCUCUCAAUUAGGCAACGCUGCGUGCAUGGGCGCAGGAAAGGCGGCGCCUUGAGCUGCUGCGUGAGGGGGCGCGAAUGGAUGCAGAGAGCGGCCGCGGCGCCGCGAGUGCGCGCAAGAAGUCGUGGCGGUCGGAGCUGGUGCUGGCGUACCAGAGCCUCGGCGUGGUGUACGGCGAGGUGGCGACGUCGCCGCUCUACGUGUACAAGAGCGCCUUCGCCGGCGGCGACAUCGACCACUCCGAGGGCAACGAGGAGAUCUAUGGGGUGCUCUCGCUCGUGUUCUGGACGCUCACCCUCAUCACGCUCCUCAAGUACGUGCUCGUCGUCCUGCGCGCCGACGACGACGGCGAGGGCGGUACCUUCGCGCUCUACUCCCUCAUCUGCCGCCGGGUCCGUGCGGGGCUCCUCCCUGGCGUCGUCGGCGACAGUAGCGCUGCCGACGACGAGCUCAAGGAGCAGCGCGACGGCGGCGCGCUGCCGCCGCUGGCGUCGAGCGUGCGCGCGGCGCUGCAGCAGCGCAGGGAGCUGCAGUGGCUGCUGCUCAUGUUCGCUCUGCUCGGGACGUCCAUGGUCAUCGGCGACGGCGUCCUCACCCCUGCUGUGUCCGUAUUCUCAGCGGUUUCAGGGCUCAAGCUGUCAAUGGUCAAUGAACAGCACCAAUAUGUUCUGCUUCCAGUAACAUGUGUGAUCCUGGUAGGCUUGUUCGCCUUGCAACACUUCGGCACACACAGGGUUGGAUUUCUCUUCGCGCCUAUUGUCUGCCUGUGGCUUGCCUGCAUCAGUGCCAUAGGGGUAUACAACAUCUUCAUUUGGAAUCCCCAUAUCUAUAAAGCCCUAUCACCAUACUACAUGCACAGUUUUAUCCAGAAGACACAAGUUGGAGGCUGGAUGUCACUGGGUGGGAUCCUUUUAUGUGUAACUGGUUCUGAAGCUAUGUAUGCGGACCUUGGACAUUUUUCGCAGUCUUCAAUCAAGAUCGCUUUCACAAUGGUGGUUUAUCCAUCACUCGUACUUGCCUAUAUGGGACAAGCUGCUUACAUUUCACAGCAUCACAAUUUUGAGAGGAACCACCAUAUUGGAUUUUACAUAUCAGUACCUGAGAAAAUCAGAUGGCCUGUUCUGGGGAUUGCAAUCCUUGCAGCUGUAGUUGGCAGCCAAGCAGUAAUCACUGGCACAUUCUCAGUUAUCAAACAGUGUUGCUCCUUAAAUUGCUUUCCAAGGGUGAAGAUUGUGCAUACAUCCUCCACAGUACAUGGCCAAAUAUACAUACCAGAGAUCAAUUGGAUCUUAAUGAUACUGUGCUUGGCUGUUACUAUAGGCUUCAGAAACACGAAACAGAUGGCAAAUGCACAAGGGUUGGCAGUUAUAACAGUUAUGAUUGUCACAACUUGCUUUAUGUCACUCGUCAUUGUCCUUUGCUGGAACAAGAAUGUUGUGUUUGCUCUUGCCUUCCUUCUUUUCUUUGGUGCAAUCGAAGCUGUCUACUUCUCAGCUUCCCUCGUGAAGUUCCAUGAAGGGGCUUGGGUACCUAUAAUUCUUUCCUUCACUUUCUUGAUUGUGAUGUGUGUUUGGCACUAUGGCACAACAAAGAAGUACGAGUUUGAUGUGGAGAACAAAGUCUCAAUAAGCUGGCUUUUGAAUUUAGGCCCUUCGUUGGGUAUUGUUCGAGUCAGAGGCAUAGGUCUCAUACACACAGAACUUGUGUCUGGGAUUCCUGCCAUUUUCUCCCACUUUGUCACCAACCUCCCUGCAUUUCAUCAGGUUCUGGUCUUCCUAUGCAUUAAAUCCGUUUCUGUACCACAUGUCCAAUCUGAAGAGCGAUUUUUGGUCGGACGCAUUGGCCUGAAACAAUACAGGCUAUACAGGGUAGUUGUCCGAUACGGGUACCGGGAUGUUCAGCAGGACAGCCUGGAAUUUGAGAAGGCCUUAGUGAGCAGCAUUGCAGAGUUCAUACGCUCUGGGGACUCUGACCAAAAUGGUUAUCCGGAUGGUUCAGAGAGUCCCUAUGAGAGGUUGUCUAUUAUCAGCAAAGGCCUGCCAUUUCAAGAGGCCUAUGGUGAGGUUGAGGGAUCACCUGAAUCAUCUGUUCGGAAGGAUACAAACCGAAAUUUAGUAUCUUCCAAGUCGACAAGGGUGAGGUUUGUGCUCCCAGAAAAUGCGCAGAUCAACAGCGAAGUGCGCAACGAGCUGCAAGAGCUGACUGAGGCAAGAGAGGCAGGCAUGUCCUUCAUCAUGGGGCGCUCUUAUAUGAAGGCGAAAAGUGGGUCUAGCCUGAUGAAGCGGAUUGCCAUAAACUUCAUCUACGAGUUUUUGACGAGGAAUAGCCGAGGUCCUGCCUACGCGGCUAACGUGCCACAUGUUUCCACCCUUGAGGUAGGAAUGGUUUGCCAAGUCUGAUAGAUAUAAUGUCACUGUGGCCAUGUCAAGUUGUAUACAGGUAAAAAUAGUUCAUCUUAUACUUGUGUAUAUAUAGAUCUUAACAAAAGGGUUAGAUUGUUGAUGAAGCGGGACAUUAUUGUGGCCUGCGAGUGCAGAUGUUGGAUAGACGAAGUGUGCAUAGUUUUCUGUUUUCUCUGUAUAUUCUUUUGUGUUAGGCUCUUCCUUGCUCUGCUUUUUCAAUCUGCCAAUGCCCAUGUUGAUAUGUGCUACAGUUACAGAGUAGAGGGAGACCAUUUUUGUGUUCAUGAAUCGGUUUGUGACCAAUUAAUUGUAUGUACUGUAUCAGAAUCUGAAUAAGUUUAUGAUGAAAUUGUUUCAUUCGAGUUCUGAGAGGGGACUGAAAA